UGGAGCUGCUAUCUUCCAGGCAAGUUUCGAGAGCAAAUUUGAAUGUAUUUUGGUGUUGUUUUACAACUCAAAUGAAAAGCAGCUCACUCGAGAACGAGUGUAACAUCGUAAUGCAAAGUCAUAAGAGCAGAUAUCACUAUGAGUACCUGUUCACUGGAGCAUCCCAACGGGCAGAAGGCCGACUCUCUCCCCGCCAAGAGGCUCUGCAAGGGGGUGUGCGCGCAGGAUGGGUCGGUCGGAGGUGGAGGGGGGAAGGCAAGCAGGGCCGUGGAGGUGUCUAUAGUCAUACCAGUGCAUAACGCCUCCUGCUGGCUGGAUGAGUGUCUGCAGGGGAUUGAGGACCAGGACUACACUGGCUCUAUGGAACUGUCUGUCUACGAUGAUGCCAGCACUGAUGGUUCCAGAGCGAUAGUGGAGGGAUGGAGGGAGAGGCUGGAAAGGAGAGGUGUUUCCAUGGUGAUCUCUGGCCAUGACUCCGCCCAACCCAGGGGAGUGGGUCAUGCCAAGAACCAGGCUGUGUCUCAGAGCUCAGGAAAGUACCUCUGCUUUCAGGACGCUGAUGAUGUGAUGAUGCCUCAGCGAAUACAUCUCCAAUACGAGACCUGCCUCUUCAACUCUACCUCUUUGAUUGGCUGUCAGGUCCGCAGGGAUCCAGAGGGAUCUACUGAGCGCUACACACGCUGGAUCAACAACAUCAGCCAGGAUCAACUCAGCACCCAGGUGUACACCUCUCACGGCCCUACGGUCAUCAUGCCAACAUGGUUCUGCUCCAGGGAUUGGUUCCAGCGGGUCGGAACCUUUGACGAGGGCGGCAAGGGAGUUCCAGAGGAUCUGUUGUGGUUCUAUCAGAGUGUUGGUCAGGGAGGAGGUGUGGUCAGAGUGGACCAGUGUUUACUAGUCUACCGCUACCAUCAACAAGCUGCUACACACUCUGUCCUGGAGGAAACCAUUUGGAACCUCCGUGUGGCCUUCCUCCAGGAGAGAGUUAUCAACCAAUGGGAAUCCUUCACCAUAUGGAAUGCUGGGAAACAGGGCCGGAAACUAUACCGCUGCCUCAGUUCCUCCAAUCAGAAGAAGGUUCGAGCGUUCUGCGACGUGGACGAGAAUAAGAUCAACAAAGGCUUCUACACCUAUGAGGAGUCCAAGGAGAGGCCCAAGCCUCAGAUCCCUGUACUGCACUACAGAGAUGCCUCUCCACCCUACAUCAUCUGUGUCAAGCUGGACAUGACCGGAGGAGUGUUUGAGGAAAACCUGAAGUCUCUCCAUCUGGAAGAAGGAGUUGACUACUAUCACUUCAACUAACACUCUGAGAUGUGGAGAGGAGGGGAGUUGACUACUACCACUUCAACUAACACUCUGAGAUGUGGAGAGGAGGGGAGUUGACUACUACCACUUCAACUAACACCCUGAGAUGUAGAGAUUAAGAGGAGGGGAGUUGACAACUACCACUUCAACUAACACUCUGGGAUGUAGAGAUGGAGAGGAGGGGACUACUACCACUUCAACUAACACUCUGGGAUGUAGAGAUGGAGAGGAGGGGACUACUACCACUUCAACUAACACUCUGGGAUGGAGAGAUUAAGAGGAGGGGAGUUGACAACUACCACUUCAACUAACACUCUGGGAUGUAGAGAUGGAGAGGAGGGGAGUUGACAACUACCACUUCAACUAACACUCUGGGAUGUAGAGAUGGAGAGGAGGGGACUACUACCACUUCAACUAACACUCUGAG